AUGCCGCGCCGGAGGCUCACAGAUAACUAUGCGGCUACACAUGGACGCGUGAGCGCUGAGUGGCCGGCGGGGGAACGGCUUACCUCGCGCCGCCGGGGCCGGGGUCCGGGCCGCCCGAAGCCGCGCUCAAGGGCAUUUAACUCGUUGGGAGCCAAGGCCCGAAGCCCGCGGCGACACGCGCGGACGGGAGGGAGCUCGGGCCGGGCAGGGACCCACCGCCCCUCGGGGCUCAGGCCGCGGGCGCCUCCGGGCCGCAGCGGCUCUCGGGGCGCAUCGUCUUCGCGGCUCCGCUCGCCUCUCCGGCCUCCCCUCCCCUCCCCGGCCUGGCGAGGUCCCGCGACACCGACUCCAGCCGGUGCCCGGAAGAGGCCGGUCCUCCCUCUCCUCGGUCCGGAACGGCUUCCUCUCAGAGCUCUGUCUCGCCUCCACUUCUCAGUGCCAAACGCCGCAGCCGCCUCCUGUCAUCGCCCCUCAAGCCAACAUGGCGGCUGCAGCUGCCUGAACGCGAGUCGGGGACUCCGGGAGCUCGCCCCCCACUAG